GUAUUAUAGAUAUAUAUUUGUAAAACUGAAAUCAGAUGAAAUAAAUGUUGCCUGAGGUUUUAAACGUUUAAUAAAAACAAUAUUUCAUUUGAAAAAAAUGUAAGAUAUGUAAAAUUACACAUUGAUCAUUUUGCUGGUCUUGUAUCAUAAAACGUGUGGCCCGAAGAGCACGUGUCCGGUAGAGAUACGUCACUUGUGUUAGGAAUCGUUUUAUAACCUAUCACAGUAAAGGAACGUCCCAGUAUAGCAGCCGAAGAAUGCAGUGGAAGUUUUUGUACAAAGUACAAUUGAUCUACAAUUGAUAUUUUCCGCAAUACUUAUCUGGUGUUCGGUCAGGGUGUCCCAUACUCAUGAUAUUUAUGACAGUGGAAUGGCGUUAGUAAAUCAAUUACAAAAAUUUUCGAGAUCAAUUCUCGGUAUUGCAUCAAAUUAUUCAAAAUAUACAAGCAACACAACGUUGCCCUUUUUGCAGGCAACAAGAGGAAUAUCGACCACGCAACCACUUUCAGAAAAACAAGAAGUAAAUAUAACGUUUGUUAAAGCAAGUGGAGAGAGAAUCAAAGCAAAAGGGAAAGUAGGAGAUACUAUAUUAGACAUAGUAGUAAAUAAUGAAAUUGAUUUAGGUGGAUAUGGUCACGGCUAGGCUGUCAAAUAGUAAUGUCUAAGGAACUAGAUGGAAUUGAGGUAAGAGUUCCAUCAACAAUUAAUGAUGCAAGAGCAUAACUGAAAUUAUCUAUAGGUUUUUGAAAAUUUGUAUACAAUGUUAUACAUCUCUUGUUAAAAAACCCUUGUUAUAAUUAUUAAAAUAUUGGUAUUAAAAAAAUAUAAUAAAGAAUCUUGUGUUUAAAUGUGAAGCUUAUAUAUAUACAUAUGUUAUAGUAUAAUUGCAAUUUUGAUAUUUGUACAUUGCCAUUGUAAAAAGCCUAUCCAAUUAUGAAGAAAAUAUAUCUUUUAUUUUUAAUAUA